CUCAGCAGCCGGGAGAGCAGCGGCGGCUGCGACGCGCAAGUCUCCGGGCCAGCGGGGAGCCAGCAGGGCGCGGCAGCACCAAGGGAGACCUUGGAGGUGCUGGAAGGCAUGGACUGUGAGCACACAGCAGUUCCACAAGUCACCAUUCAUGGCAGGAGUCCAGCUGUGCCUUAACCUGGCAAAGGAAAAGGGUAGGAUCGGACAGAUCAGGGAUUGCCCAUGAGUGGAGGGCCUUAGAGACCAGAGGCCAGUCAUCAGCAAACAGGGUGAGGACAGCAUUAUGGUGGACAGUCCUGCAGAAUGCGGCCAGGGCAGGGCAGAGUUUGGCAGAGUCUUUGCUGGUUUUGUGCCCACAGAGCUGGCAGCAGUGGCAAAAAUCAGCAAGCUUGCGCCUGUACUGAGAGACCGCAGGCCCAUGGCAGCUGCUGGUGCCACCACUCUGAUCUGUGGGGACUGUGGCAAGAGCUUUGCCAGGAAGUCAGACUUCAAAGUGCACCAGCGGAUCCAUACGGGUGAGAGGCCCUACAAGUGCUCCUACUGCAGCAAGGGCUUCUACCAGGCCUCCAUGGUGCGGCGGCACGAGCGCACACACACUGGCGAGAAGCCCUACCGCUGCUCUGUGUGCGAUAAGUCCUUCGCCCGCUCCACCUCGUUACUGAUCCACCAGAACACUCAUACCGGCGACCGGCCAUAUGAGUGUCCCUUCUGCGAGAAGACUUUCUCUGACCCCUCCACCCUGCUCCAGCAUCGCAAGAUGCACAUGGGCCUCAAGCCCUUCCAUUGUGGCAUCUGCAACAAGUCCUUCAGCCAGUCAUCCAGCUUCACCUUCCACCGGGCUACUCACACCAAUGACCGCCCCUUUGUCUGCUCCGAGUGCGGGAAGGCCUUCAUCCGCUCCACUGCCCUGCUCAAGCACCGGCAGACCCACAUCCAGAAGGUGUUUCGCUGUGGGGAGUGCGGCAAGGUUUUCCCCAAGCUCUCGGGCCUCCGCUCCCACCAGCGGAUGCAUGCCCAAGGCCACCGGAUAGAGAUGGAGUUGAGGGAGAAGGAGCGGAGCUGCUGGGAUGUUCCCACGCUGAGGUUCCAAGCCCAUGACCCUCUGCCCCAGGACUGUCCCCUCCCCAGAUUGGCUGUGCAGCCAGAAUCCAGCUGACCCUAGGACUGUAUGUUCAACCCUGCCCAGUUUCACAAAGCUGCAGUUGGGUACUGGAGAUAUUGCCAAUGAAAAUGUUAUGUAUGCAGGUCCAAAUUCCUCUCUAUCCCAUAUAGACCUGCUGGUAUUCCACUUUCUAGUACCUAUCCUUCACAACAGACCAGAAUUCUCCUCCAUAUCACAGACUGGCCACCUCACUUCCUAUCAUACCUCUCACCUGUCCUGCCUUUCAGAGCUGAAUCCCUCUCUGUCCUGCUGCAGUUACCUCACUUUCUCAGCCUAUGACCUCAUCCAGUCUGAUAAGCUAACUGAGUCAUGCUGGGCCAGAACUUCAAUGGGAGACCUCCAGGGAAAGAACAGGUCACUUACCCUGAGGUCAGCUUCAGGCUGAAGGAUCCUGAAAGCAGAUAUUCAGAGGCAGAAGUGGAAAAUGGCAAGCAUAGAAUGCUCUGAGAGACUGGACCAGGAAUACCCCAGCAGCAGUUUGGCUCAGGAAUCCUAUGGGGACAGAAAGAGGACUAUGAACACAUGGUGUGAAAAUGAUGAAGGCGAUGAGGAGGAAGCUGAGGAAAGCGACAAUGAUCAUUUUGGGAACGGCAUGCAGAGGGUCCAAGAUCCGGUGUCCAGCAGCUCCAUGCCGAAGGACAGCAUGGCAGAGGACCUUCUGUGUGAGGAAGACAAGAUCUUUUAUGAGACCUUUACCCUUAUCAAUGCCAACGGCGUGGCCAAGAAGUUGAACAUGAUGGUCAGUCUUCGCACCAAGAGUGAUGAGGGCGAUGAGGAAAGCAACAAGGAGACAUUGUGUCAGAAGUGGCAAAGCCGGCCAGUGAGGAAGCCUGCUGUUCUUUGGCGCAGCCCACAGGGCAUAAAGAACUUUGGCAGGAUGCUGCCAAGCUCAACCGAGUACGUGGACACUGUGGUUACCCUGGACAGCAAUUUGGAUGACCCAGCCAAGGACAGCCUGCCGUGCAAUGGCAUGGAAAGCAUCAACAGCUACGUGACCAGGAAAGUAGACGGUGGGGUGUUCCCAGGAAAUCCAAGUAUGGACUUCAGUAAGCCAGGGGGGAGCAAAGAGCUUCCCCUGAAAAGCAAAAGAGGGGUGAAGUGGCUGAACCCGAAAGCUGCCAACAGGCCAGCCAAGAUAGCGGGAAGUAUCGGGGCCCUGAAAGCAGCCACGGUGAGGAAGAUCACGAUUGGGACGCAGCAGGUGGGCAGCAGCGAGGUGGAGGAGCGGCCUUACAAAUGCAUGCAGUGUGGACGGGCCUUUAAGAAAUCCAGCAACCUCCUGAGCCACAUUGACACGCACAGUGGGGCCAAGCCGUAUGCCUGCGAGCUGUGCAGCAAGGCCUACUCGCACCAGGGCACCUUGCAGCAGCACAAGCGGUUGCACACAGGCGAGCGCCCCUACAAGUGCCCGUUCUGCAUCAAGGCCUACACCUGGUCCUCAGACUACCGCAAACACAUCCGCACGCACACCGGCGAGAAGCCCUACAAGUGCCUGGACUGCGAGAAGGCCUUUGUGCGCUCCUCGGACCUGCGCAAGCAUCAGCGCAACAUGCACAGCAAUGACAAGCCUUUCCCCUGCCAGGAGUGCGGCAAGACCUUCAACAAGCCACUGUCACUACUGCGCCACCAACGCACCCACCUAGGUGAGAAGCCUUUCCACUGUCCUGACUGCGGCAAGGAGUUUGCCGUGGCCAGCCGCAUGGUGGAGCACCAGCGCAUCCACACGGGCGAGCGUCCCUUCUCCUGUGCCAUCUGUGGCAAGUCUUUCACCAAGUCCUCCAACCUCUUUGAGCAUCAGACGCUGCACACUGGUGAGCGGCCCUUCAAGUGCUCUGAAUGUGGCAUGGCCUUCGCCCAGUCCUCACGCCUCAUCCGCCACCAGCGCAUCCACACCGGCGAGCGGCCCUUCGCCUGUGCUGAGUGCGGGCAGGCCUUUGCCCGCUCCUCCACCCUCAAGAGGCACCAGCAGAUCCAUAGUGGGGAGAAAGCCUAUCUGUGCUCAGACUGCGGCAAGGCCUUCCGCCAUGCCUCGCAGCUUACCCAGCACAUGCGGGUGCAUACAGGGGAACGGCCCUACCAGUGCGCCCAGUGUGGCAAGGCCUUUACUCAGUCCACCCACCUCAUCCGCCACCAGGCCAAGCAUGGUGCCAGCAAUCGGGAGCCGUUCUCCUCUUCUGAUGAGUGAGUCCCUCCCUGGUGGGACAGCUGCACACCAGGCACUCAACACACCUGUCUUCUGAGGGGCCAAAUACAACAGAUCCGGGCUUCAUCAGGUAGAGCAAAUAUGAGAGAGGGUUUGUAUGCAAUAUGGAGCAGGCACCACUCUCUGACCAAGUUGCUUGUUGAUUAGAGGAGGAGAUCUGCAAGUGCUUUUCUUCAUAAAUGCAUACGAAAAGACCCAACCAGAGCCCACCUGUGACAGGGGAUGCAGAUGAGGAGAGAGGUUAUGAAGAAUACACCCUCUUUGUCAUCUGUCCAGGUACAAGUUCAGCUGUUUACCAAGGUCUUCCUGCUGGACAAAAGUUCAAGAGCACAUUGCAAACUGACUUACACUCCAUAGCUGUUGCUCCUUCAUGGGCCCUCAUGCCAAUUCCUGUUGCCCCUUCAAGUGUAGUUCUACUCUGAAAAGGGACUAGGUAAGAAAAUGGAAGAUCUGCUCCCAGUACAUGUGUUCAGAGUUGCAUCUGACACAACACUGCUUUUUACUCCUGUUUGCCCUGCAGAGCCGAGUCAGCUAACAGAACUGAAGUCUAUUGCUGCUUGUGUGUCCUUAACAGAAUGGUUAAUGAGGAGCUGGUCUACAUGUAGAAAUCAUACUAGUUUCCUAAAUAGAUUUAAAAAUACACUUUUGGUUAAAGUGAUGUCUGCAUGUAGACAGGAUGUAUGUUCCAUGCAGUUCAUGUGAAACACCUUGGAAGGAUACAGGAUGGAAUAGGGAUCACUUAGGGCAUAGUUUAUGUGUAGAGCCUCUGUUACUGGCGAUAUACCUAUCUCAUAGAACUGGAAGGGACCCUGAAAGGUCAUUGAGUCCAGCCCCCUGCCUUCACUAGCAGGACCAAGUACUGAUUUUGCCCCAAAUCCCUAAGUGGGCCACUCAAGUACUAAACUCACAGCCCUGGGUUUAGCAAGCCAAUGCUCAAACCACUGAUCUAUCCCUCCCCUUGAUGCAGAAGGAAAAAGCCCUUCUUGACUCUCAGAGUCCAGGUUGUGUGUAGGGUGACCAGACAUCUCGAUUUUAUCGAGACUGUCCCAAUAUUUACUUGUUUGUUGGGAUGUUCAGUUGGGACGUGAAUUGUCCCAAUAUUUUGCCCUCCGGCGCACAGGUCCCCCUGCCCAAACUCCACCCAGCCCUGCCCUGACUCCGCCCCUCCCUAGUUCUGUGUGCAGGUCUGUCAGCUACAAAAUACCUAUUAUUACUUGUAAAUUACGCACAAAUCACCCACAUAGGGUGACCAGAUGAGAGAUGUGAAAUAUCAGGAUGCGGGGGGGGGGGGAGGAGGGGGAGGCAGAGCAACAACAACAACAAAAAAAAAACCCAAGAGCCGGCAGUGGAGGGAAAAACAAAACCAAGAACCAGCGAAGCAUAGGAAAAAUUGGUGGGGGCUGAGCACCCACCGGCAGCUCCACAACCUGCCCCCCCGCACCAGCUCACCUUCGCUCUGCUUCCACCUCCCUUGAGCUGGCUGCCACAUCCUGCUUCUCCCCCCUCCCUCCAGCGCUUGCGCCGCCAUACAGCUGAUUCGCGCAAGCCUGGGAGGGAGGGGUGAGGAGGAAUGCAGCGUGCUUGGGGAAG